UUCCAUAAGUCUAUUUUGCUUUACGACUAUGCUUAUGAAAAUAUAUUGUAUAUCUUUCAAUUUUCAGUGAUGCGGUACCCACAAUGUGAUUAUUCCAAUCAACGUAUGCUUUUUGGGCUCUUGGUUUCAGUUGAGGUCACGGUUGUGACUGCGUUUUGUGCCAGCUUGAAGCUUGAAGCCACUGCAGCUGAACCAAAGGGCGCCACAACUCGCGUCAGCUUUUUCCUCCCAUUUUCUUCUCUCGCACUUCUUACCAAUUCCUGCCUGCAUGGAGUAGCAAUCGACGAGGUAAUACAUACAACCGAGAAACAAUCCACACUUCCUUAGUUAUCUAGAUGACGGCUCCCAAAACCCCACCUCGUUCUUCCGCUAAAAACCUGGUCCUUGCUAAAUCGCCAGAGCACGUACCUGAGCCGUCUACUCCCCGGAACAUGUACCAAGCAAGUCAAAAGAAAAGAUUCUCGAUCAAAGGCCUGUUGAGCGGAGAGAGUAAGAAGGAGCGACAAGCACGUCAAAAGGCAGAAGAGAUGAAGGCCAGUGCUAGUAAGAGUCCCGCCAAAGUUGACACGGAAGCAGAUACGGUCUAUCAGGUAGAUGUAGACGAUCGAACUAUCUCGGUCAUGUCCAACGAAACCAAGACAACCGCUGCCACCAACGAUAAAGCUGUAGAAGGGUUCCUGGAGGGAGGCAGCAAGUCCUACAUGCUGAAGGUGGUCCUGUUGCUCAUGGACCCAGAAACACGCCGUUUUGAACUCUUGCAGCUCGAAUUCGACUCGGAUAAGGCACUGGUCUCGGAUGUCUUGACGCAGAUCCCUGUGGCUGUGACAGAGGAAGUCCUCAAAAAGCAAACUUAUGUGGGAAUCUGUGGAGCUGCUGGAAGUGAGAUGAGUUCGGCUAUUCUUCUAUCGGAUUUCUGCAAGGGAAAUGAUGUCCUUGUUGCCGUGCCGGCUGGUGUUGAAGCUUCCGAUUGUGCUCGAUUGGCUAAACCCAUUCUGAACGACGCAAAGGUAAUCAACAUGCUUAAAGUCAGUGGUAUUGAUGCAAGCUCUUGGAAACAAAUGAAAAAGGUCUCGCCAGCUCCAUCAUCAAAGCCACGGGAAAUGCCCAUUGAAACGCCAAAGGAAACAACCAAGAAAGAAGCUGGAGGUAGCAACACGUUCAUCCUCAUCUUUAUGGUGUUGGCGGCAGUCAUCCUGCAAGUCUACCACAGCAAAAUUACUGCACCUAUUGAACCUGGACAAGUCCUCUCUCCUGGUGGCUGGAUCAGUAAAUGUGGACUUGCUGCGGCCAUUCCUCCCCUCUGUGAGAACCAAUACUUGCAAAUGGGUGACGACGGAGUGCUCUCACUGUUCGAUGCCAACGGAGACCUAGAAUGGAAAAUGGAAGGUGGCGUAUGCAAGAAUGAAGCGUGCAUAAGUGGUCUAGAAAUGAUACAGGACAGCCACGUCGUUAUUGGUGGUAAGACUGUGUCGUGGGUAAACGUCAAAAAGAAUGCGGAUCCAAUCAGUCCUUGGCCCUUUGCCGAGCAACCAAAGCUGAAGGUCAUCCAUGCAAGAAAGUAGGGCAGGUGGCAGGACAGUUCCGUUGGUGGAACGGUGUUGAUACAAAGGUUGUAAGCCUGCGUUCCGUGAUCUGCAGGGAAUGAUGAAACGUCUGUAGAUGAAGCUAUACCAAACCACGAUCAUAUCCAGCAACAGGCGACAUUCCCCAUGCGGAGCACACUUUCAUGCACGGCUAGAUUCUACAAGUUGCUGUGUUGUGUCUUAUGAAUAUCCUAAAUAAUCCCCAGUAGGCUUUGUUUACAUUACUCGGCAUUGCAUUUUCUCGCCAAACAAGAAGUUGCCAGGCAAACAACCAUGAACAAAGCCUUAAUGCCGACUGUUUGCCCCUGUUCUUAUGGAGAGUCUGGAGUAGGGUAGUUAACUAUCGAACGGAAGCCAGCAGAGGGCCAGGCUAAGGACAAGAAAAGGGAAAUUCAGGACGAGCUAGGUUCCGUGGGAUCAGGGGCGACAACUGGGGACAAACAUGAGGGUUGAAGGGCUUGAAUUUGCGGGAUCCACGGAGCAGUAGCUGAUCGUUUCAUUUUACCUGGCUCCAUUAGAACAGUAGUGCAUACCGUACGGCCCGCUGCAUGCAGCACAAGACGAAAGCCAAAAGAUGCAGAAGAUACUGUACAAGUCGCGGACAAACAAAGGUAAAAAGUGGUUAGUAAACCUUUCCUUUUGGUACCUGCUUACUGCCACAUUCGCGUUUUGUGUUUCCAAUACCGUUGCGCCGAACUCAGGACUGGUCAAUGCCCCAAAAGGAAAGUGAGCCCUUCAAGGUGAUUUCCCUUUCUAGUAACUUCUUUUGAGCCAAUCCUGCGGCGAAAUGAGUUGGGAGCUUGUUUGAUUCUGAUGGCGGUACACCGAUGCCGUGCCAAAUUGUAAUAUGCGGGAAGGAGUUCAAUGGUUCCGGCAUACUAGCUCCAACCAGCGAUUUUGCCGCUACACGGACUGAUAGAGCUGCGAUCCGUUCGUUCCACAACAUUCCCGUGACGAAGACCUCAACAUCUUUGC